AUGGAAAACUCAGAUGAUUCAUUUGAGGUUGAUUCCAAUGAAGUUCAUUCCACUGAUUGUGAUACAUCUGAUGUUCAAUUGAAUGAUGAUGAGGGUGACAUUUAUCAAAGCUCGGAUGAUGAUGUUGAUGAUGCUGAUAAUGAUGAUGAAGAUGAUUCGGUUGAAUUAGAUGCAAUUGUAAGCGAUAAAGUGGUAAGUGUUAAUUCCAUGACUUCUGAUGAAAUUUGUGCUAUGGAAUUCGGUUAUGUUAAUGAUGUUUAUGAUUUUUAUUAUAAGUAUGGUAAAUGCAAAGGUUUUUCCAUUAGGAAAAGUGAUAUUAGGAGAAAAGGGCAUGAAGGUAGUAAAAUAACAGUAAUGAGACAAUUUGUAUGCAAUAAGCAUGGUUCAAGAGAGAAUAAAUACUUAUGUAGCUUAGAUAGGAAAAGAGAUCACAAACGUUUGACAUGUACUAAAUGCACAGCUAGGCAUCGUGUGCACUAUAAAGCCAAAAAGGGUAUAUAUGUAGUGUCAAUUUUUAAAGAGGCUCAUAACCAUGAAUUAACCCCAUCUAGGUUUGUGCACUUACACCCUGUUUAUCAUCAAAUUUAUGAAGCAGAUAGAGCUCAGAUUAAUGUUCUUUAG